AUGAGAAGUGCACCCAGGCCAGCGCCCGCAGCUCAGCCGCCCACAGCGGCUCCACCAUCUGCCGUUGGCUCCCCUGCUUCUGCUCCCCGGCAGCCAGGUCUGAUGGCCCAGGUGGCAACCACUGCAGCCGGCGUGGCUGUGGGUUCUGCCAUCGGCCACACUCUGGGUCAUGCCCUCCCCGGUGGCUUCAGUGGAGGAAGUAAUGCUGAGACCUCAAGGCUUGACAUCACUUACCAGGAGCCUCAGGGAACCCAGCCUGCACAGCAGCAGCAGAGUGGCCCAUGGUUUUUUGAGGUGAAACAGUUUUUGGAGUGUGCCCAGAACCAGGGUGACCUUAAGCUUUGUGAAGGCUUCAGCGAGGUGCUGAAAACAGUGCAGAUUGGUGAACGGGUUAGCUUCAUCAAGAAGUUCCAAUUGGAGGCAUGA